AACAGCCAUGGUGGGUGGUUGGGUGGAGAGUUACUUUUUGCAAAUAUCCAAAUUUUCGGAAACUAACGCAGCCGGAGCAAAAUGAGCCGGGCAUUGUUCAGAGAAGUCACCAACGACGCCGCACGGCUCAUACGGCGGAACGCUGCGGCGGAAGACCCUUUAGGUAAAACCAGCCAUGCUCUUUUGAACCUUAGGCGACUGCAAUCGAGGCCUCAGUUUCUUGGGAGAGGAAAGCAAACCGGGCACUCACCUCCUUCUCCUCCUCCACCUCCUUCCUCGUCUGUUGGUUUCGUGGGAUGGUAUCUUGGUAUGGUGAAAUCACGCCCAGUUCUCACCAAAAGCGUCACUUCUUCCCUUAUCUACACUGCCGCCGAUCUGUCUUCUCAGACGAUUGCCAAAAAAUCAUCAGACUCUUAUGACUUGGUGAGAACAGCAAGGAUGGGUGGAUAUGGUCUAUGUGUCUUGGGUCCAACACUUCACUGUUGGUUCAAUUUCAUGUCAAAACUCUUACCCAAACAGGAUUUCAUCACAACGUUUAAGAAAAUGGCCUUGGGAAAUAUAAUCUACGGGCCUAUUAUGAUGGUGACUUUCUUUUCACUGAAUGCAUUACUGCAGGGUGAAGGCGGAUCAGACAUAGUUGCCAGAUUGAAAAGGGACUUUCUCCCUGCGAUGCGAAACUGUGUCAUGUAUUGGCCUCUAUGUGAUUUUAUAACAUUCAAGUUCUUCCCCGUUCAUUUACAGCCUCUUGUAAGCAACGCGUUUUCCUAUUUGUGGACAAUCUACAUGACUUACAUGGGAAACCGUAAAAAGCCAGACUCCCUUUCAAGCUGAAACACUCUUGAGAUCUUCUACAAAGCCAUGUUUUUUUUUCCACGAAUCGAUGAGUUUUGGUUCCCCUUAUUUGUCUGAAUUAUGAUGUGAAGACAGAGUCUAUCGAGGGCUUUAGAUGUUAAAAUUUUCUUUUGCUUUCAUGGAAAAUUUGUUACAUUGAAUUACAGAAAAAGAAGUAAAGAUAUAUCUUCUAAA